AGCCGCUGGGCUCGCUGAGCCCCGAGGAGCGGGACGCCCGCACGGUUUUCUGCAUGCAGCUCGCCGCCCGCAUCCGCCCCCGCGACCUGGAGGAUUUCUUCUCGGCCGUCGGAAAGGUGCGCGACGUCCGCAUCAUCUCGGACCGGAACUCGCGGCGCUCCAAGGGCAUCGCCUACGUGGAAUUCUGCGAGAUCCAAUCGGUGCCCUUGGCCAUCGGCCUCACCGGCCAGCGCCUGCUCGGCGUGCCCAUCAUCGUCCAGGCCUCCCAGGCCGAGAAGAACCGGCUGGCGGCCAUGGCGGCGCCCCUGCAGAAGGGCUCGGGCGGCCCCUUGCGCCUCUACGUCGGCUCCCUGCACUGCAACAUCACCAAGGAGAUGCUGCGCGGCAUCUUCGAGCCCUUCGGCAAGAUCGAGAGCAUCGUGCUGAUGCGGGACCCGGAGACGGGACAGUCCAAAGGCUACGGCUUCAUCACCUUCUCCGAGGCCGAGUGCGCCCGCCGCGCGCUGGAGCAGCUCAACGGCUUCGAGCUGGCCGGGCGGCCGAUGCGCCUGGGGACGCUGAGCGAGCGACCCGACGGCUCCAGCGACGUCACCUUCCCCGAGAACAGCCCGGGAACAGCCGGGGGGCGCUUUUGGCCCGCAGGCUCGGGGCUGCAGCUGCCCCCCCCGGCGCAGGCGGCGCUGCAGCAGCUCAACGGGGCCCUGACCCCCCUGGGGGGGCUCAACCCCGCCGCCCUCACAGCCCUGAGCCCGGCGCUGAAUUUGGCCUCGCAGUGUUUGACGCUCUCGGGGCUCUUCUCGCCCCAGACCAUGUGAGCUCCCAGUAUAAACCAGUAUAAACCAGUAUAAACCAGUA